AUUUUUUUACUUGAUUCCAUGUAAAAUAAUGCGCAUUGUAAGGUAGAAUAAUGAAUUAGAUAAGAAGAAUGAAUCUUCCCCGAUUAUCUGGUGCUCUGCGAGUGUUUGCUAAUGUAUCUGCUAAUGUCAGUGAUCAACAUGAAGAUGAUAUUUCAUCUAGAAGAAGAAGUCAGACACAAAACAAAACAAAAGAAGGUCUUACAUGGAAGGAACUGAAUUCAGCUGUUAGAAAGAAUGCCAGAGUAGAUAGUAAAAUGUACAAUACUGCUCUGAAAGAAUUGAUAUCAUGUGCCAAAUCUAUAGUUUCAACAGAUUCUGAUGGAGAGACCAUUGAAGCAGCUGCAGCAUUUUUAUUUGAACUGUUUAAAACAACUGAUAUUGUUAGUCAAAGAGAAACAGUUAGAUUGAGGAAUACAUUUGGACCGUUUCCAGCAACAGCUGCUACCAAAACAUGUGAUAUUGUAAAAAGAAUUUCAGCAUGGUUACCUGAUGAUUUCUUAGAGAUCUCAGAUAGCAAACGUGGAGAUGGGGAUGGAGAGGCCGAUGAUUUUGAAUUUGGCAGUGGUAUUAAAUUCUCAGAAUUUUUAGACGAUUUUGACCAAGAUUUCUCUAGCUCUGAAUCUGAAGACGAAAAAGAAGCAAAAGAGUGGGAUAUAGAAUACACUGCUUCAAGUUCAAACACUGGGACAAUAUGUUACUUAGAUAACAAUGAUCAGGACAGAGGACCCAAGGCCAAGAAAGACAUGAAGUGGUUGGAGACAGAAAUAAGAAAAUAUUUUGUUGAAGAAGAGACGUCAUUAGGAAUGCCAGUUUCACAAUUAACAUCUACAGUAUUUGAUGUUCUGUCUUCUACUAGAUCAGAUAAUGAGCUACAAAAUGAGUUAUUUGACCUAUUGGGAUUUGACAGAUUUGAGUUAAUACAGAUGUUAUUAGAAAAUAGAAAGAAAGUUGUUAAAUCUGUUGUAACAGAGGUUACUAAAGCUGUUCUUUCUGCUAUGCCAAAACCGAAAGUCGACCGCCCAAUAUAUGGCUGCCAAGUUACUGUUCAGUCAGAGGAAGAGAAAAGAUUGGUAAAGUUAUACAGAAAGGAAGAGAAGAAAGCAUCAAGAAAAGGUGGUAAAAAAGGUGAUGAGACAUCACACGAUAAACAAAACUUUGAUCCCAGAGAAUUAAAAUUUCAAAGAGAAGCUGCAUUGCGUUCUGCUGCAACAGCACCACUAUUUAGAGCCGGUAGAAUUACUGGUAACUAUGCACCAAGAGAAAAAUAUCCUUUUGUAUUUGACACCUAUGAAGAGGCUAGACAGUCUUCAGCAUUUAUUGGUGGAACCAAGUUAUGUUUACCGAGUGGUUUUGAUAAAACGGAAAGUAAAUUAUAUGAUGAGAUUAAUAUACCCCCUAGUGAUCCAGCACCUACUGAUAUAGGUAAUAAACUUGUACCUAUAGCAUCAUUAGAUGAGAUUGGACAAUUAGCAUUUAAAGGAACUAAGACUCUUAAUAGAAUCCAGUCUGUUGUAUUUGAGUCCGCGUACAACACCAAUGAAAACUUGUUAAUUUGUGCUCCUACAGGCGCUGGUAAAACUAAUGUAGCCAUGUUGACGAUAUUACAUGAAAUCAAUCAACAUUUAUCACAAGGUGUUAUUAAAAAAGAUGAAUUUAAGGUUGUAUAUAUUGCACCAAUGAAAGCUUUAGCAGCAGAAAUGGUUAGGAAUUUUGGAGGGAGAUUAGCACCACUUGGUAUAAGUGUACGAGAAUUGACUGGUGAUAUGUCACUUACUAAACAAGAAAUACUUAAAACUCAGAUGUUGGUAACUACCCCAGAAAAAUGGGAUGUUGUAACUAGAAAGAGUACAGGUGAUGUAGCGUUAUCACAGCUUGUACGACUGUUGAUUAUAGAUGAGGUACAUCUAUUACAUGAUGAUAGAGGUCCUGUUAUAGAAACACUAGUAGCUAGAACAAUCAGACAGGUUGAGAGUUCACAGAGUAUGAUACGUAUUGUAGGAUUAUCAGCUACGUUACCUAAUUAUAUAGAUGUAGCUAGAUUCCUUAAUGUUAAUCCAUAUGUUGGACUUUUCUUCUUUGAUGGCAGAUUUAGACCAGUUCCUCUUGGACAGACAUUUAUAGGUAUAAAAACAACAAACAAGGUACAACAAUUUCAAGAUUUUAAUACAGUUUGUUAUGAAAAAGUUAUAGAAGAUGUUAGAAAAGGACACCAGGUGAUGGUGUUUGUACAUGCUCGUAAUGAAACAGUACGAACAGCCAUGACUUUAUUAGAAAUGGCUAGAAAUCAAGGCGAUAUUCAAUUAUUUGCUCCAAAUAACUCUUCAAGAUAUGGUGACUUUCAAAAAUCAGCAUCUCAUUCAAGAAAUAAACAGUUAAAGGAAUUGUUACCAGAAGGUUUUGGUAUACAUCAUGCUGGUAUGUUACGUCAAGAUAGAAAUCUAGUAGAGAAAUAUUUUGCUGAUGGAAUGUUAAAGGUGAUCUGUUGUACAGCUACUCUAGCUUGGGGUGUUAACUUACCAGCACAUGCUGUCAUUAUAAAGGGGACACAACUAUAUGAUGCUAAAAGAGGUUCAUUUGUUGAUCUUGGCAUAUUAGAUGUUAUGCAGAUAUUUGGUCGAGCUGGACGACCUCAAUAUGAUAAGUUUGGACAUGGUACCAUUAUUACUACACAUGAUAAAUUAUCACGUUAUCUCUCUCUCAUGACCAGACAGAAUCCUAUAGAAAGUCAGUUUAUAGCCAGUUUAACUGAUAACUUGAAUGCAGAGAUAGCUCUUGGUACUGUUACAAAUGUUGAAGAAGCUGUUAAAUGGAUUAGUUAUACCUAUUUAUUUGUUAGAAUGAGAAUUAAUCCAUUAGCAUAUGGUGUACCUUAUACAGCUCUGGAGACUGAUCCGAGGUUAGAGAAGUAUAGAUAUGACUUAAUUGUGAAUGCUGGUAGAAAGUUAGAUAAAACUAAGAUGAUCCGUUUUAAUGAAGCAGCUGGAUAUUUUUUCUCUACUGACCUGGGUCGUAUUUCUAGUCAUUUCUACAUUAAAUAUGAUACAGUAGAAGUUAUUAAUGAAUCAUUUGUAUCGCUUAUGAAUGAAGCUGAUAUAUUAGCUGUUGUUUCUAGAGCUCAAGAAUUUGAUCAGAUUAAGGUUAGAGAAGAUGAAAUGGUAGAAUUAGAUAUAUUAUUGAAUCAUGAUUGUGUAAUGGAUGUACCAGGUGGUAAAGAGAAUACACAUGGUAAAGUCAAUAUCUUGUUACAAUCUUAUAUAUCACGAGCACAAUUACAGAGUUUCUCACUUAUAUCAGAUCAAGCUUAUGUGGCACAGAAUGCUGCUAGAAUAAUACGAGCAUUGUUUGAGAUGGCGUUGAAACAAGGAUGGCCGUUGAUGGCAAGUCGCCUAUUAAUGUUAUGUAAAGUGGUAGAUAAGAGAUUAUGGGGAUGUGAUAGUCCUCUGCACCAGUUUCCUCUUCUUAAUCCUGAAUUAAUAUAUAAAUUAGAAGAGAAAAACUUAACAAUUGACAGACUUAGAGAUAUGGAUGCUAAAGAAAUAGGUCAUAUGAUACAUCAUGUUAGAAUGGGUAGCAAUAUUAAAAGAUGUGUAGAACAAAUACCAACAUUAAGUCUUGAUGCUACAAUACAACCUAUAACUAGAACAGUACUUAGAGUUAGAUUAAAUAUAACACCAGAAUUUAACUGGGACGACAAGGUUCAUGGAUCAGUAGCAGAACCAUUCCAGAUUUGGGUGGAAGAUCCUGAAAAUAACCACAUUUAUCAUUCUGAAUAUUUUAUGUUACAUAAAAAACAAGUAAAAUCUGGUGAUGUACAGACAUUAGUAUUUACGAUACCUAUAUUUGAACCAUUACCUAGUCAAUAUUAUGUUAAAGCUGUAUCAGAUAGAUGGUUAGGCUCUGAAUGUGUUUGUGCAAUAUCCUUCCAACAUUUGAUAUUGCCAGAAAAACAUCCGCCUCACACAGAGUUAUUAGAUCUACAUCCUCUACCAGUGACUGUAUUAAAUGAUCCGAAAUUAGAAUCAUUGUAUAAGUUUACUCACUUUAAUCCUGUGCAGACUCAGAUCUUUCAUACGUUAUAUCAUAAUGAUUGUAAUGUUCUACUUGGUGCUCCAACUGGCUCGGGUAAAACAAUUGCAGCAGAGUUAGCCAUAUUUAGAAUCUUUAGAGAAUACCCAGGUUCUAAGGCUGUUUACAUUGCUCCUCUAAAAGCCUUAGUUAGAGAAAGAAUGGAAGAUUGGAGAGUUAGAUUUGAACAGAAACUUGGUAAAAGGGUUGUUGAACUGACAGGGGAUGUAACUCCCGAUAUGAGAGCUGUAGCUAAAGCUGAUCUAAUUGUUACCACACCAGAAAAAUGGGAUGGUGUUAGCAGAAGUUGGCAAACCAGAAAUUAUGUUAAAAGUGUUAAUUUAUUAGUUAUUGAUGAAAUACAUCUUCUAGGUGAUGAUCGAGGUCCAGUUUUAGAAGUAAUUGUUUCAAGAACUAACUUUAUAUCAUCUCAUACAGAAAAACCGGUUCGAGUUGUAGGCCUAUCUACUGCUUUAGCUAAUGCUAGAGAUUUAGCUGAUUGGUUGGGUAUUAAACAGAUGGGGUUAUUUAAUUUUCGUCCAUCUGUACGUCCAGUACCAUUAGAAGUUCAUAUAACAGGUUUUACUGGUCAACAUUAUUGUCCUAGAAUGGCUACCAUGAAUAAACCUACAUUCCAAGCUGUAAAGACCUAUUCUCCAUCUAAACCUGUAUUGGUAUUUGUAUCGUCCAGGCGACAAACUAGAUUAACAGCAUUAGAUCUGAUCGCAUUUUUAGCUGCAGAUGAAAAUCCUAAACAAUGGCUGCAUAUGCCAGAAGUUGAGAUGGAAAAUAUUAUAACCGGAAUUAAAGACACUAACUUAAAAUUAACAUUAGCUUUUGGUAUAGGCAUACAUCAUGCUGGACUAGUUGAAAGAGACAGAAAAACUACUGAAGAACUAUUUGUUAACUCUAAGAUACAGAUUUUAAUAGCUACAAGUACAUUAGCUUGGGGUGUUAAUUUUCCUGCUCAUCUUGUUGUUAUAAAAGGAACAGAAUAUUUUGAUGGAAAAACAAGAAGAUAUGUAGAUUUUCCUAUAACAGAUGUUCUACAAAUGAUGGGUAGAGCUGGUCGUCCACAGUUUGAUGAUAGUGGUAAAGCUCUAAUUCUAGUACAUGAUGUCAAAAAGUACUUCUACAAAAAAUUCCUGUAUGAACCAUUCCCAGUGGAAUCAAAUUUAUUAGAAGUUUUACCUGACCAUUUAAAUGCUGAAAUAGUUUCUGGAACAAUAUCUUCAAAACAAGAUGCUAUGGAUUAUAUAACAUGGACUUACUUUUUCCGACGCCUUGUCAUGAAUCCAAGAAUGAUGGAAAUGAUUUCCAGUUUUGAUUAAUUCCAAGAUUUCAACUAACUAGAGUCAUGUGUGGAAAUUUUGAACCGCCAUGUUAAAUAAAUACUGUCUUAUUGAUAUUAAAGAUGAUAACAGAAGCUGACACUGUUGACCAUGAUAUAACACCUAGUGGAAAAUAACAUUAAAUGUCUGAAAUUAAUCAAAAUGGCCUGAUGUUAUUGGCCUUGUAUAAACAUUGGCACAUGCCGCUUGGUCUGCAAUUGUUGCUGAGCAGUUAGAUUGGAGAUGCAGAAAAAUUUGAUUAGUGGAAACUUUCAAGAUGAAAAGCCCCCUCUGAGACAGGCAAGAAAUCACUUCAAGUCUGUCGUAAUUUGAUAUUUUUU